AUGCACCGUGCACAAGUCCUGGCGCGGCAAGUCCUGGCGGCAGCCUGUGCGGCGCCACCAGAUGUCGUCAAGGAGAUGGCACCAACAGGAAAACUCCGUGUUGCUCUGAACAUGCGAAACGAGCUUUUGGUAAGUGGCAAGUCCGCCAGCGGCGAGCCAGAGGGCUUGGCGCCAUCCAUGGGUGCAGCGUUUGCCGAGAAGCUCGGAGUUCCCGUGGAGUUCGUUCCUUACGAGUCUGCUGACAAGCUGGCUGAUGAUGCGAAGGAAGACAAGUGGGACGUGGCGAUGAUUGGUGCUGAUCCUGCGCGAGCAGAGUUCAUUGAAUUUACUGCUCCUUACUGCCAGAUCGAGGCCACCUACGCAGUUCCAACCACUUCAGGUCUUCGCACUUGUGCCGAAGUGGACAAAGCCGGUGUGAGAAUUGCUGGUUGUGAAGGGGCAGCUUAUGUCCUGUGGCUAGAGCGCAACCUGAAAAAUGCCACUCUCGAGAAAAUCAAGGGCCACGAUGCCACGUACGAGCAGUUCAAAGAGACGGCAAUGGAAGCAGUUGCCGGGUUACGACCAAAGCUGAAGAAGGAUGGUGCCAAGCGACCAGGCACGCGCCUGCUCCCUGGAAAGUUCAUGGCUGUUGAGCAGGCCGCCGCCACGAAGAAAGGCCGGGAGCAGGGUUUCAAGCUGCUCAGCGAGUUCAUCGAAGAGGCAAAGAAGUCUGGCAAGGUGAAGGAACUUAUGAAGAAGUUCAAGGUGGAGAAGGCCACAGAGGUGAAAUGUGCAGCCUUGAAGGCAGCAUUUAAGUCCAAAAGGAACAAGGUCAUCACCUUGACCAAGGUCAAGAAAAGACCGAAGGAAAAGAAAGACGAGCUCAUCGAUGGCAUCCGUGAGUCCUGCGAGGAGUUCUCCAGGCUUUUCUUGGUUUCCAUCGAAAACGAGCGCAAUCAGUUCAUGCAGGAGAUUAGAAAACGUCUCAGACCCGGAAAGCUGGUUUGCGCCAAGAACAAGGUCAUGCAGACUGCCCUGGGUAUGAGCCCUGAAAGCGAGUGCCAGGACAACGUACAUAAGAUUGCAGAAAUGAUUAGUGGUCAUUGUGCUCUGCUGUUCACAAACUCGACGCCCGAAGAGGUGGAAUCCGCCUUUGCAGCCUAUCGGCCCAGUGAUUUUGCUCGGAGUGGCUCUCUGGCAACUGACACGGUGGUGCUGCCAAAAGGGACCGAUGCGCUCGCGAGCCUGCCACACUCCAUCGAGGCCCAUCUGAGGCAGCUGGGCCUUCCGACGGUUCUCAAAGAGGCCAAGAUCCACCUGCUGGGGGACCAUACCGUAUGUACGGCUGGCAAGGAGCUCUCUGCAGAUGCAGCGCAGGUCCUAAAGUUGCUUGGAAUCCAGCAAGCGCAGUUCACGCUCUCCGUCGAGGCGCACUGGCAGAAGGGCGGUGCUUUCAAAGACUGCUCGGCCUUGGAGGUGAAGUAUUCGUCCCAAGGCACCGCAAGCCGCUACUGGUGGCGUCUUGCCAUGACUGGCCUCAGCCAAUGUACAAAGCCAAAUCCGAUAUGGCCUCACACUAAGCCCAGAGUUGAGGAGUCUUUGCCGAUGCCGUUUCCUGCUGCCCACGGCACGUUGCACGGCUUGCAACGGGGCAUGGGGCUAGAACAGAUGUCCUUGACUCCGUGGGUACGUCAUCUCUGGAAGAUUCUGGAGGGCCAUGAUUUCAUGUGCCUGCAGGAUGUUCUGUCCCUUGGGCAACGCUGCGUCCCAGAGGCUGUGAUAGCAAGGUUGCGUGGCUCCAGCGCAGGAGGACGAGUUCAAGUCUCACUCGUCCAUCGACAGCACAUGCAAGGAGGACCUGCCGGGCAUGAGCCCUGGGUGCAGCAGAGGCAAAUUGUGAUCCCUGCGCGUGGCUACACCCGAACAGGGCCUUCUCCAUCGAUCAAUGCUGAGCAAGCACAGAAGCGGCCUGUCAUUGAGCUCCAGGGCAUGCAGCAUGGGCACAGUCUGAAGGUCGCGCCGGGACAUAGUGCAAAGUGCUUUGCACCAAACACUUCACCCUCGAGAUCGCCCCAACGGUUCGACGCGACUCCGCGCACAGCCUCUCCGGUUUGUCGGCGAGAAGCACAGUCGAGCACAUCGAGCACAACGCGUGCAGGAGAGAUGUCAACCAUGUACGUUGCGAGGGUGGGUCGGGGUCGCGCAGACCUUGUCGUCGGAAGAUCUAGAAGUUGCUCGGAUGUGUGUCGUGGUGGCAACACCUCCCAAGCACAAAGAGGAACCGAAGCAGGCAAAGCUGGAGAAGCAGCUGCGCGCUUCGCUGGAUCUCAGAGGGAAAAGGAGAAGAUCCAGCCGCGUGGUCAACUGACAGAGACGCGACGGGCCACGAACGACCGUCCAUCCGGCUGUAGCGAAGAGUCGCCGCUGAAGCUUGUUGCGCGAGGUCCAGCAACAUCCCCACAGAGAAGGGCUGGUGACAUUGCGGGACGGCAAGCUGAGGCAUCUUCGAGGGAUGCUGCGCCGAUCUACAGGUGGACAGGCCCUGAAGAGCUUUGCCGGCAAGAGAUCCAGGCCGCCGUGCGGCAGGCUACGUCGUCAUGGCGUCAGGCACCCGCAGGACCUCCGGAAGUUGCAGAAGCUGCGCGGGUCUUUGCGCCAUCGGCAGAAGCUGUACAAACAGCAGGUCACUGCAUUCUGUCCCCGGCUCCCUCUACGGUCGAUAUGCGGGGCUCUCUGGAGAACCCUUCGUCCGCGCCAUCACCUCUGAGCGGUGGUGCGGCAUGGGAGCUUUCUGACUCGUCACACCACUCCUUGAACCUUUCGACAAAUUCGUCCUCCCGGCAGGAGGAUGCUGACAGCGUUGAUGGAAACGAAGCCCCACCUGACUACCUCGUUCCAACGCCGAGGAGGUUUGAUGUCAACUACCACACAGGAUCUGAUCCAUUGGCCCAGACGAUGAAAACAGUUUCGACCAUGCGGUCAUUCUGGGAGAACAAGGUGCGCGAAAACGCGGGAAACAAGGAUGGUGAGCGAGAGGCCCGGUGGUCGAGGGUGUCCCACGUCGAGACCCAAAAGAAUUCCCAAGGGCCAGUAUGGCUGAAGAAAGAACUCACCAAGCUUCAAGCCCAUGUGGACGCAAACAAAGAGCGCCUGCUGGAACUGAGCCUUCGCCUGCGGGGUCAAGAAGAGAACUGUGUGGAUGACGAGCACAGCACAAGGUGCUCCAGGAGCCCUUCAUCCAAAAGCAGCUGCACCAUCAGCUCCGACUCGGACACAUCGAAGAGUCAAGAGACUCCCGAGGACGACGAGCUUCUCAUGAGCCUCAAGUCCCUGAGACAUGACUUCAACAAGGUCAAUCGCAAGACCGCAGCUCUCUUCGAGGAGGUUCUGGAGAGGUGUCUGCCGAAGGAGAAGCUCCGAAUGGAGGAUUCCCUGACUGCGGAGGCGCCCUCCCUUCAGGUGGGAUUCGUUGAUCCUAUCGACAUUCACGCAUGUGCACAGAUCUUUCGGGAAGCUGAGAGGGCCUUCUCUGCAGCCGCUGGAGUUUCGUUCCGGGUCCCAUCUGGCCUUCCCAGCACUACCAUGAUGUUGGACAGCAGAGACUCUACUUACGGGGCGCGUCAACCUCGAGUGACUUCGAACUCCUACGCGAACGGUUCCAAUCAAAACUGCGGGAAUGUUAUCUCCGACAUCCCCAGCACACGUGUUGCAGCUCCACCAGGCGGCAAAUCCUCCAUCUGUCUCGGCUGGGAUGACAGGCCGGUCGGUCGAGCUGCAGGCAGGCCUGUGGAGGAAGCAUCGCGAGUUCAGGCUCUGUGGCACGAGUGGGGGGUCAUCGAAUGUUUCGUAUAUUUACAGCAGAAGGCGCAUCGCCCGCCCGCUGGCGAAGCCGUGCGCCCGCCCGCUGGCGAAGCCGUGCGCCGGGAUCACAGGUCAGUCCCGGAGGAUCAGGCACAGGCAUAUGGGACGCGCCCACGCGAGAGUUCCAACAGCUAUGCCUCCGGCAACAGCCAGAACACUGGGAAUGUGCUGACGGGUGUCCCAACGACGCGAGUCUUGAGGCCACCAGGAGGUGCUUCGGAGAUGAGCCUGGCAUGGGAUACAAGCGCUCGUCCCCCCGCGGGAGCUCGGCGGGCACCUGCCGGCAGCGGGCAGGGUGCUAGCGAGGCUUUUGGGCAGCGCGUGCGCGUCUCCUCGAACUCCUAUGCGAACGGUGCAGAUCAGAACUGCGGCAACGUGCUGUCCGAUACCCCCACGACACGAGUCUUGAGGCCCCCAGGCGGUGGGAGUUCGAUAAACCUCGGCUGGGCGUGA